CAGUCUGCCAUAGCCAUCGUCGAUCAGCCUCCUCUGGCAUCUUCAGCGGCCCUCAGCCUCCACCACCACCGAAAAAAACAUUACACCUUUGAAACCGCAACCGCAAAAGCCAAUGUCCUUAGCUAUUUGAAGGUAUUUUCUUUUGAAGGCUCAGCCACAUCUUUUCCUUUGCUUGGGUUUGCUCUUGGUUCACUGGAGGAUUUGGUCACCUCAGAAAUAGAAUCAAGGAUGUUGUACAUAGUAUUUAACGGAAGAUGGAAUGCACACAACAAAUAUGUUGAUCAUGAAAUCAAACUCCUAAUGGUGCAUAAAGAUAUAAAAUUUUUGGAUUUGGUUGAUAAAAUAGAUAUGUUCAAAUAUCAAGUCACCUAUGGUGACACAACCUUCAUUGUUGAUCUGACUGAAAACUCAUGCUCUUGCAAGGAAUUCCAACUAGAGGGAAUUCCAUGUGCUCACGCCAUUGCAGCAAUCGAUGCGAAUCAUUUUGAUAAAUACAAGUUUUGCUCUGAGUGGUAUAGCAAAUCUGUUUUGUUGGAAACAUAUGCAGGUUCAGUUAACCCUCUUCCAAAUAAAGAGGAUUGGAACACCCCAGAUGAAAUUAAAGAAGACCGCAUCAAGCCUCCUGAAUUCAAAGUUAAACCAGGACGUCCUAAGAAAAGAAGAGGAGAAGGAAUUGGAGACUAUGCCAAGCGUGGUCGACGUCGAACGAUGACAUGUGGAAAUAGUGGAAUAUUGGACAACAAUAAAAAAAGUUGCAACCACACAACAAACCAAUUCUAAAGCAAGGAUUCUAGCAUUGAAUGAUAAUUACUUUUUAAAAGUUGGGGGUCACUUGGUAAUCUCCAUCAAGGCCAAUUGCAUAGACUCUACAAUUCCCGCUGAGCAUGUUGCUUGAACAUAUAUAGCUUUAUGUUUUAGACUUGAAAUUAAUAAUAAUAUGUAUCAGUUGAAGAAGCAAAGAUAGCAGAGCUUUAUUGAUUUGUUUUUUAUUUUCUUGUUGGAUUGUAAUUGCUGAACAUUUUUGAUGCAUGAGCUUUAUUGUAAUCAAAUAUUUGACCACACUUUUUCAGACUGUAGACAUACCUUUUCAUUUUAAUUUUUACACAUUUGGUUCGCA